GUGCAAUAGAUUAUGUUGUGGCUUUGACUUUGCUCCUAAUUAUGAUUGUAUACGGACUGAAAGAAUUCCGACCGUUUUUGACAAUUUGACAGAAAUGACUAAUAAACGAAGAAAACAACAAAAGCAAGAAUUAAUCAUGAGUUAUUUGAUAAAACUCGAUCAAAGGUUUUAGUUCACUUGUUGCUUGUCAUUACUCCGUAAGUGUAAAGAAAAGUUAUUUGGUGUAUGUGAACCUCAAUUGGAUAUUAAUUGUACGAAGCGUGAGUGAAAUUUUGCAGUAAUAUUUUUUAGCAGCUCAAAUGUUUAAUUCUAAAGGAGAAAUUUUGCAAGUCAGCCGUGCGAAAUUGGCUAUACAAAGUGCCAACAACAUUUGGGGUGUGUGUGGACGAGACUGUGCUGUGAUAGCCACGAGAGUCAAUUCGACAAAUGAUCGUCCGGGUCAUGAUAUAUUGGAGGACAAAAUAUACAAAAUCAAUGAUCAAAUAGUGGUCGGAUGUGCUGGAAUCGUAGCAGAUGUGAAUUUUUUAGUUGAUCAAAUGCGCUUAAUUGCCCAGCGUUAUAAAUGUUGUUAUGGUUCCAGUAUACCGGUUGAAAUACUAGUUAAGAAUAUAUGUGACAUCAAACAGGCUUACACACAAUAUGCAAAUAGACGACCAUUUGGAGUGGCCAUAAUUUAUAUAGGUUACGAUAGGCAUCAACAGUUUCAACUGUAUAAAUCGGAACCGGGUGGUAGUUAUGACAACUGGUACGGUACGUGUGUGGGCGAAAAUCCAUUACUAUGUCUGAGUAUCAUCAAUACUCUAUACGAUAGAUGUCGAGGAUCCGUAAUUGAUAUAAAAACAGCCUGUGAUAUAGCCAUAAACACAUUUCUCCAUCUAAACGAUUGGAACUGUUUAAAUGGAAGUAACACUGAAACGUGUUUUGAGAAAGUAAAAGUAGUUGUUAUUAGUUUAGAAAACAACACACCGACAAUAAAGUUCUUGUCGAAGGACGACAUAGAAAAGAUUUUUUCAAAGGUUAGUGGCGUAUUUACUCCGGUAAGGUGUCUAAUGUAUGCAACAAUGCCCCCUGAAGAUAAAAGACGUAAGGAUAGAAGACGUUUUAGCAGCGACUGCCAUAAAGAAAGAAAAUAACCACAGGCUGUACAAGUUCUUUGUGUUGUGAGAAAAACUCAUUUAAUAAGAUGUCACAAGCCGCAUCUAUAUAUGCAAAUAGUAGUGCUAAUAUCCAUUGUAAUAUCAAUUCCACAAAUCUAGAAUAUACCAAAUGAAUGAAUGUAAAUGACAUAAAAAAAUAAAAAAAAUAUAU